UGCAAUUUGCUCCGUGACGAAAGACGAUUGAAAAGAUGUCUCCGCCACGGUGAAUUGGAGAUCAAACAUUUGUUCUGGACUUUACAGGGUCACAGCUGUAUACCAGGCAUGGCACUCUACACUGUCAACAUUCCCUGCACACCGGAAGUGAGGGAGCGGAUAACUCCUUGUCAAGUCGAACCGAGUGGUAUCGGGAAGUUCCGUGUGGACCGACUGGAGCGACGCAUUGUUGGAUGUCAGAAACGAAGUCUUGAGCCGUGUUGUUGCCCUCGACCACAAGUGCAACCUGUGUACUGUGAUCCGGUGCGAAAUAUUCUCACACAGCGUGAAACAACCUAUCAGUUACAACGCGCUGAUCGUGGAUCGCAACGUGCAGUCGCAUUCUGUCGGGCAUUCAAUCAGGAUAAGACAGUUCCCGUUUACUGCGGUCCUCGACACCAUCGAAUUCGCAUACGCCCUUGUGAUGGUCAGUUCCAUCUGGUAUCCGUGCAGGAACCGAUUGUGAAGAAUUGUGAAUGCAAACAGUCUCGGGCCCGACAUUUCCGAAUACGAUGUGGUUGUCCAAACCAAAUUCAGCAUGUGAAAGGCACCUGCGGUGAGGAUCUCUGGGCCGAAGACAAAUGGAUCGGGUUGCGUGCUGUUCCAGUCCCGAGACCGCCAGGAUUACGUUCAACCGACCUGAGAAUGAAUCCUGUGAAAUGCGAACCUGUUGUACUCGAGGCUCGUCGAAGACGUUGUGGCUGCCCCGCACCGGAGGAAUCGACUAUUUGUAUGGAUGGAAAACUGCUAGUGAGACAAAGGAUUUCACAUCAACUGAAUUCGGAAUUGAACACUUGCGAACGUCAUGUGAUGAGGAGUCCCAGUCCAGUUCGCUGUCCAUUGGCUCGUCUACUACGGUCUAAGUGUUCCCCGCAGACUCAAUUCAUUCAAAACGAGAUUAUGCGCUACUGGGUAGUGGAUCAGUGCCAAUGUCGACCAGUUGUGAAAAAGCGUUCUUGGAUAUGCGACUGCACCGCGCGCUAUCCAGCACGGGAACGUGAGUUCUGUCAUCCGAACGGCCAACUCAAGGUAUUUGAGCGCACACGUUGGAUUAAUGUGGGAAAACAUUGCAAACGACUUGUUGAGAAACGGGAAGAGCCUGUUGUUUGUUCCAAUCAACUGAAGAUGAUCCGCGGAGUGUGCGAUCGAGAUAUUCCCAAUCGACGUCGUGUGUUCUGGCUCCAACAACGUCCGCGACGCUGUCAGUGUGAAUGGCAUCGUUUGACAGACACCGCAGCCAAAGCUCGUGGACUACGUGUCACCGAGGCGUGUCGUUGUGGUCCAGAACAUUUGAUCAAACAAUGCGAACCCGCAAGUCCGAAUAAACCAGCUUUACUGAGAAUCAUACAUGAGCAGCAAGCAAUUGUGAACGGGGAGUGCAAGCCGAGACAAAGGAUCGAAAUGCAACCGGUGGUUUGUGGUCCAUCGGAAGAGGUGAUCAACGGCCCAUGCGACCCAAUCGCUCACACACGUCUUGUGAAACGUGUUCGAAAUCGAAUGGAGAAGUGCGAAUGUCGCAAAACUGUAUCCGAGCACCGCUGUGCGUGUUCCUGUCCCAAAGUAAAAUACCACGCACUUUGUCAUCCACAGGAGGGUCUUUUCCGAUUGUUCCGAGUGGAGCACAAAUUCGACCCGCAAGGAUGUUUGUGUCUGGUCCGACGUCGUGUACGACAACGAAUUGUCCAGUGCCCAGAAGAAAAACGGUUGAUAGCUGAGGGACCGUGUCAGACUCGCGAAAUCGAUAAGUUUAGUCGGUCAACUGAUGAAGUGAUUCGACCGGGUGAUAGAUUCCGACAUGUUACGUGGCUUGUCUCCGAAAGAGAUGGUUGUCAUUGUAAACGUCGCCGACUGGUUACUGAAGAACUAUGCGUCCUGGGAAAAGUGGAAACAAUUGCACGAUGCAAUCGGGAAACCGGAAUUGAACACGUGACUCAGUUGAUCCCGUACAGUGUGCAGUGUCAACGACGUGUUCAAGUUCAAACCGCUUUGAGACGAUGCAGUAUCACAGCUCAUCUGCCUUCUUACUCAAUCCCACCUUACCUGGUCCCUCAUUCUGCCACAGAGUGCCAAUCACAACCUCGUUUGGUAAGAAAAACUAAAUGUGGAUCGGAUUGCGUAGAACAUCUCUUCUGGUCCCGAGAAGUCCUCACGCCCGAGGGUCAAUGCAAACGUCAAAUGCGUUCGGAACGUGUUGUUUGCUGCUGUCCCCGUCCGCUGGCCAUUCCCGAACGAUGUGACCCGGUCAAAGGAGUCCUGGUGUCUGGAAUGCGCGUGUUCGAAUUGCACACUGGCAAAUGUGUUCCGCGCGAUCAACUUGCCCCAAAACCGAUUGCAUGCCCUCCACCAACAACCAGAAAACAAUGCAUCCACUCAGGUCCGGACCAGUUCAGUGUUCAGCAUAUUUCCAUUCGUUGGUUCCCCUUGGCCGGAGCGGACGGAACCUGUUCUCGACAGGACACGCUGAUUGAUCAACAGCCGGUCGAUUGUUCAGCAAGUCAGUUGAUUCGAGCAACCGAAUGCCAGCCGGAUGAGCAACGUCAUGCCCUGGUCCGUAUCGAUCGUGUGUUCUCCACUUCACCCGAGGGAUGUCGUUGCGUGCCGAACCCACCGAAACUGAUCUAUCACGUCUGUCAGUGUGCGAAGCCUGAGCAGAAAAUCAAAUGCAAUCCAUCCCAACCAGCUCAACAGCUGGUGGUCUAUACUGGACGCUCCGGGGCAAUACAUGCCUUCUCAGACAAUCGUGAAGGAAGAACAGUUGCCCUGUGCUCUCGGGGUUUACUCAUGCAGUUGUCAACCCAGUACGAAUUGUCUGGAGACCGAACUCGAUGCUUACCGCACACAACUCGGCGUGUGUGGAAAGUGGCCUGUCCAUUCAGCGGACAUCCUGAACACAAAGGCCGUACGCCGUGCGAUCCACAAACCGGUUUGUACUUCGAACUGUACGAGCAACAUCACAGGCAUGGAUGCCGCUGUGAAGUGAAACGAUGGAAAGUUCCUGGCAGAUGUCGCUGUCCUAAACCCGUGGUACGAACACGUUGUUUGGAUCACACAACGCGCGAGGUAAUCACAACCGUAUCCAGACUGACUCCGAAAGGAAUAUGCAUCCAUUCCGACGUGACACACAAAGAGCCGAUCCACUGCCCCACGCCCCACAGAUUACUUCGUGCCGAUCCCAAAUACCAAAUCGAACGAGAUCACGACAGCACUAGCCCCGUGCCGAUUCGACACGUGUACCCGUGCGGUUCGGCCGGGCAUUGUCAACAAUCGGUUCGGGAGUUCGCCUGGUCCACGGAUGCCGAGUGUGGGUGCCGAUGGAAAAUGCGGUUGGUCAAACGGGCUUGUUGUUGCCCUCGCGAUCAGAUUGAACGGGUGUGCAAUAGACAAAAAGGAGUUGCCGUGUACAGGAAAACCGAGUGGCAUUUACAAGAUGGACAUUGUCGGCCAACAACACAUGCCCACGCCAAGCCACUAGCUUGUGAGAAAGAGAUUAUCGUAAAACCGAUUGAGAUGUGUCACGAAGGGAAACAGAAGCAUCUAUUGAUUCAGCCAUUCCAGGAAAGCUGCGCGUGCAACUAUCGUCGAAAGGUGAUCGUCAAACCAUGCUUAUGUCCCGUGGUCAGCGCUGCUGAGGUGAUAUUCAUGAUCGAUGCCGCAGUUAUUAAACGUCAACCGGACUAUUUGGAACAUGUGCAGCGGAUGAUGCACACCACGAUCCAUGCAUUUACACUGUCUGCCGCGAGUCGAGAACAGGGCAAUAGUCAUCGGUUCGCGAUUGUGGUCUACGCACAUCAUCCGGAACUGUUGUACAACCUGGAAGAGAGACAUGACCCAGCACAAAUUUUGGACCAAAUCGAUCGAAUCACAUUGGUAGAUACACACGGAUCAAACCUGGGAGCAGCACUGGCCCUGGUGGAGCGAGAAGUUCUACCGCAUCAACGUCCAAAGAUACCCGUACUACUCUACGUGAUCACCGACGGGGUUGAAGUCUCAUGGCCGGAUGCGUUGCACGUAGCACGUGUACUUCGUGAUAUGGGCGCUCGUCUGACCAUGGUUCACAUCGGACCAUUGACCGGUCCGGCAGAAGCACACUGGCUCACGCAAUUUGUUUCUCCACCCCCGUCUAUUCAUUUGAUCGAUUUGCCCCGAGCGGCCGCUUUGAAAGAUCGCAUUGGUCAGCUGAUUGAGACGAUGUGCACGAGAGCUUGCCCACCCGAUCAAAUCCACGAAGCUCCUUGUGGACCACCGACCGGUUGUCUAGGUCGUACCUACAUUCAGUCUUAUCGUUUCGAUACCAAGACCGGACAUUGUGUAGGACAAACGAAAAUACGUCAACGACGAUGCUGUUGUACACAACGUCCAAAAGAUCGAGAGAUUUGUGUGGGAAAUCGACUAUACCACUAUUCGUUGAUUUGGCGAAUGGACAAGCACGGCACAUGUACACAGCAUACUGUAAAACGGGAUAUCACAGCCAACGUACAGCAGAUCUGUCCAAAACCGUUUAUUGUCAAAUCCGCAUGUGACACAAUGACCUGUCAACGUCGGUUGACUUUGAUCGAACACGUGCCGCAGCAAUGCGUCUGUCAACGUCGUGCCAAAAUUCGUUACGAAACAUGCUGCUGUCGCGGUGAACGGACCAUUAACUACGAAGGAUGCAAGUACGAAGCGCUAAAGAUGUUUGUCGAGCGAACUAUUGAACCGACAGUAAAGGCCGAAUGUCCUCGGAACCCCAAAACAAUACGACAUCAGUGCCGACAUGCUGUCGAGCGGGACAAACUGGCCCCAGACUCGGUGGAUCCAGCGCUUAUCUAUCGCCAGGUGGAACACGUGUGGUGGCAGAUUGGUGCAUGUGAAUGUCGUCUGCAACGACGGUCGCACUUUGAGGCCUGCGGAUGCGACCAGUCCAUGCUGGGGUCGAAUCUUCCAGCCGAUUUGAAUCGGUGCCAUGUUCCGAGUGGGAUACUCAUCAAGUAUACACGACGUCUGCGUCUUGAAGUAGCUGGUCGUGUACCUGAACACGAAAUAGGGACUCGACUGCUUAACCUACAAGAAGCCAAAUGCCAACCGGAAUUCAAAGUGCAAUCCGUACGAAAAAUCGUUUGUCCGGAUGCGAAAAUCUCCACCGGUGCUUGCGUUCGAGCCCAGGACGGACGAUCGUACCGAUCGGUUUACGUGCAUCGCUGGUUCCGUCAAGGAUGUCAGUGUGUAUCCGCCCAGCCGGAACUGAAGCAACGUGUUAUUUGUGCCUGUGUCCCGAAAUGGGGGAUGAAGCGUUGUACUGCUAGUCGCCCCGGUGCAGUCCGUGAUCGAUUGGAGUUCCGUUUGCUUCAAGAACAAUUGGUAUCCCGACCAACCGGACCGAAUGGAAAAUUGGAACCGACUUGUGUACCCAUGCUGCCGAUUGAACGAGUCCAUAUCACCACUUGCCCGAAGAAUCAAGUGAAAUACUCAGAAUGUGAAAACGGAAAAGUACACAUCACGGUGGUCGUAUUUAUGGUGCAUAACUGCCGAUGUAUUCACCGCGAAAGACACCUGAUCGCAAAAUGUCAACUGAGACCAACCGCAGGUGCAAUCGGACAAUUGAAUCCAACUAGGGGUGCGACUAGACCUGGACAAAAACCCGAUUAUGGUUUAGUGAUGCCAGUCUAUCGCCUGGUGGAAUGUAUCGAUUUGUUGCCGACCUCUCAAUGUCGCUUUUUAGAACGUCCGCCGCACGGAAUAUGUGAGAAAGUUGGAGAAGGACAGGAUAUGCUGUGUCGUCGCACAUGUAACCAGUGUUCACGUUGUCCACUGGACCAGAUCACUUUCCGUAUUGUUCAACAAAAUGGCCCCGGUGGAGCAUGCAUCAUGUCAAACCGGCAUUAUGAGGGCAAGUAUCUGCACCGAGUCCUUCGAGGUCCAGUCACUUUGGCUCAUUGCAAGUUGGUUUGUGCUAGACAUUCAGGUUGUCUCAGUAUUGAUUAUUACGUCACCGAAAGACGCGGAGCUCCCGGUGCAGUCUGUGUGCUAAAUCGAGUGGAUCCGGCCACCCUGAGAGUAAGGUGGCCUGAUCCGGUUGUUCUAGGUGCAAGUCAGAAGGAGCUGGAACGAAUCGGAGCGGCGCGAUGCUUCCUGUUUCGGAAAGUAUGCAAACAAAUGUGCCCGAAACCUCAAACGGAAUUGCUCAGUCCAUGCAAAUGCGAACAAUUGGAACAAGCUGUGGACGAACUAGACGUGGAAGAUCCCCGAGGCAAAUCAGUCACACACUGCGCAAAACGAGUCCGUGUACUGUUCUACGCUCAAACUCCAUCCGGAUAUUGUGUCCGUAAACAAUGGAUUGGUACAGUGCCCUGCCCCAACCCAGACCGGAAAAUGCAUUUUGUGGGUCCUGAGGGAGAUUGUGAAGAUAAACAACCACCAUUGUGGUGCCAAGAUCGUCUAGCUUCCGCAAACAAUGCAUGUCACGAUCCGAAGUUACGUGCGGUGAGUGCUAGUGGUGUUUGUGUGUGGGGUCUCAAUGCGACUUCGUGUUACACUGAGGUUGUGCGUGUAGUAACGAAAAAUUCGCUCGUUCCGCCACCUCUCUCAGCUACGCAAGAGCACAUGAAUGGGUGA